AGUUCAUUUCCGCCCGGCUCCUUUACUAGCAACACGCACCGUGAGCUAACCGGAUGUUGACAUGAAAACGUACACAUGCUAACAAUUCAUCUGGUGUAGUUUAAGUUUCUGGAAAGCAAAACGCCCCGGAAUAAGUCAAGAUGUCCGCGUCGCUGGUCAGGAGAGGAUUGGAACUGCUGAGUAACGACAUUAAAACUGGAAAUAACGUGAAGAAGCGGCAGGCAAGGACGCCCAAUACGGCGGCGGCAAAGGCGCUAGUGAGCACCAACCGCCAAGGUGUCACCCGGCAGGUGAAGCGGCUACAGGGUCGUCUCGGACCCGGCAAGAGCAAAGCGACGGUUAAGGAUAAGAUGAUCAAGUGCGCCCUGGACGAGUUCAGGAAAACAAAGGAGACAAGUCAGAUGACGGCCAACCUGAAAUACUUCACGAGAACCAGCUUCAAGGCCACCGCGUCGGACACAUUAAAAAUCCAGAACUACAACAAAGGAAGACUGUCCCGUAAUCGGCCCAAUCGGCCCGCCGCUCACAAGCCCAAAAAGACACAGUCGGUGUUCACCGAGGAGGAGUUCCAGCAGUUCCAGAAGGAAUAUUUUGGCAGGACGUGAAAGAAAAAAACAACACCUACACCCCGGAAACCAGACUUUGUUCAGAUUUGACAAGAAAUUGACGAUUAAAAAAAUGUCCUGUCUAAUGCUGAA